AACCCCUCUCUAACUUAGCAACACAGGAAGAUACUUGCGUCUCUUUCGUUUCUUCAAACAAACUUAAAAAAGAGAAAUUAAAAAAAUCUCUCUCUCUCUUUCUCUAAAAAUCCCCAAAUUCGCCACUUUAAAUGAUCGAUUAGGGUUCCAAAAAUGAGCACUAGAAACAACAACAGCAGCAGCAACAGCAACAACGUCACCUCCAAUGGUACCAGUUCCAACAGUCAACAACAACAAGAUCCAGCCACCUACUUUCUAAAGCUGGCGCGGCAAUCUUCGGCAGGUGCCACUUCAUCAUCAUCAUCAUCAUCGGUGAGAAUGAUGGAAGACGAGGAGGACGUGAGAGAGGAAGAGCCAACGGAACUAAACACGAUAAACAGUUCGGGAGGGUUUAUAGUGAUAUCAACUGAUAAGCUAAGUGUGAAGUACACGAGUGUUAAUCUUCAUGGUCAUGAUGUCGGUGCUGUGCAAGCUAAUAAGCCUGCUCCUGUUAAACGCCUGGUUUAUUAUUUCGAGAUUUUUAUUAAAAAUUCUGGUGCUAAAGGACAGAUUGCUAUUGGUUUCACUAAUGACACCUUUAAGAUGCGAAGGCAGCCAGGGUGGGAAGCAAACAGUUGUGGAUAUCAUGGAGAUGAUGGGCAUCUGUAUCGUGGACAAGGCAAGGGAGAGCCUUUUGGCCCAACCUUUACAUCCAAAGAUACAGUUGGUGCUGGUAUUAACUACUCUUCACAGGAAUUCUUUUUCACUAAAAAUGGAUCGGUGGUUGGGGCAGUUUACAAGGAUAUAAAAGGUCCCUUAUUCCCUACGGUUGCUGUUCACAGCCUGAAUGAAGAGAUUGAAGUCAACUUUGGGCAGAAGCAAUUUGCUUUUGACCUCAAGGAAUAUGAAGCACAUGAAAGGAUGAAGCAACAGACAACAAUUGAGAAAAUAUCUUUGUCUCCAAAUGUGAGUUAUGGACUUGUGCACUCCUACUUACUGCAUUAUGGCUAUGAGGAGACUCUCAAUUCAUUUGACUUGGCUAGUAAAAGUACUGUUCCUCCUAUACAAGUAGCUCUAGAGAAUGGGUUUGAUGAACAGGACAUUAUGUAUGCAUUGAACCAGAGAAGAACUCUUCGACAGCUAAUCAGGAAUGGAGAUAUCGAUGCUGCAAUCAGUAAACUUCGUGAUUGGUAUCCCCAGAUUGUGCAGGAUGAAAGAUCAGCCAUGUGCUUUCUGCUUCACUGUCAGAAAUUUAUUGAAUUGGUUCGGGUUGGAGCACUAGAGGAGGCUGUGAAAUACGGAAGGAGUGAAUUGGCAAAAUUCUUUGAAUUGUCUGGGUUUGAUGAUAUGGUUCAGGACUGUGUAGCUUUGCUAGCAUAUGAACAACCACAGGAGUCCUCAGUUGGCUAUCUUCUUGAAGAGGCGCAACGUGAGAUUGUGGCUGACACUGUAAAUGCUAUGAUAUUAUCUACAAAUCCGAACCUGAAGGAUUUGCAAGGCUGCUUGCGCUCAUAUCUCGAGAGGUUACUGAGGCAGCUCACUGUUUGUUGUUUGGAGAGAAGGUCCUUGAAUGGGGAUCAAGGUGAAGCUUUCCAUUUGCAUAGAGUACUUAAUAGCAGCAAGAAAGCCAAGUGCUAGCUAAAAUGAUCUGGGUAGCUGCACCUUCCAUCUUUCUUUCGCUGUUCAUAUUUCCGGUUGACCUUUCCCUGAACUGCAAUUCAAGUCAUCAGAUAUGACAGUGUCUGGUGUGCUUUGGUGGGAGACCCUUUCAUGCAUGGCUAAGUGAAGUGAACUGAGGGUCGGGGGGUAUAUACUCAAUUUCCCCAAAGCUUGUUACUCUUUGAAAUUUGAUCAUGGAACUGUGAUCUCCAAUUAGACACGCCUGGAGAUGCAAAUCUCAGGCUUUUUCUGUACAUAUUGUUUUUACAGGAGUUCAUUACCAAAGAUUUUUUUCCUUUCUUUCUUAAAAAACGCAGUUAUGCUUCAUUUGAAUGGCGAAAAGAAGUGCUUCUCGCAUUUGUUGUUUAAAUUUCCUGGUUUGUUAUCUUACUAGAAUUUGUAAAAGCUAUCUAUCUACAAUGCUUUCCUCCUAUUCUAGAUGAGUUAAUGUUCUUUUA